AUGCUGCAGAAUCCAUUACCCGGGAUUGAACUGUACAUGAACGGCAUGCAGUGCCAGCAGGACCCCGAACAUUGCCAGUACAUCACCACCCAUAUCAAAAGUAUGCGGAAACACUGGCAGCAGGUCCAUGGAUGGACCCAGCAUCGCCAUAGCGGGUUUGUCAGUCGCCAGGAGCGGGAACAGGGCAUGGCUAGUUUCCAGCAGUCAUUCCGCAUGGUAGCAUGGCAGCAGGUAUUCCCAUCGCGGAAGAACUCCCAUUUAGUGCAUAUUCGAUCCUGCGACCCCGAGCCCGUGGAACCACCCACCCCCAGCACUGACCGGGAGGCCAUGGUAGCCGAGAUCAAGGCCCAGGCAGCAGCUGAUGACGAGGCCGCUGCUAACCAGGUGAUCCAGGCCGGGGAGCUGCAGGAUGCUAACCCAUGGCUGCGGCGGACCCGGUGGGCGCGGUAUCUGGCUGAGGUACACCCGCAGGACCUUCUGGACGUGGUGGCCACGCCGGGAGCAGACGAGAUGGACGAGACCAGCCAGGCCAUGCGGGUGAUCUGGGAUACUAUGGAACAGUUAGCCCGCCGCAGCCAGCGGACCGUGCAGCACUGCGGGAGCGGGAUCCGCAUGGCCGCGAUCUGCACCAUGCCGGGGCAGACCCCCCACACGCCGCUGCAGGCGUACAUGGAUGAAAAGAGCAUCCAGGACCAUGUGCGGCCAUGGCAGCAGAUAUUAAUAUUCAUCGCGCGCACCCAGACCCAGUGGCCAUGGCAGGGGAAGGAGCCCCGAUAUAUCAUGACCAGCCGGCAGCGGAAGACCUGGCAACGGCUGUGGCAGGCGGCCAUGCAGGUGGUGCAUGGGGCUGUGGCAUCCCCCGUCCCGGACGACAGCCGCGCCAGCCCCGAUCCCAUGGAGGAUCCAGCUGAGGAGAGUUCCGGGUUCAGGGUUAGGGUUGCCGGGUUUGUCAUGACCCGGGUAGAAACAGCAUGCUUGGAGUUUUGCAUUGAGCUGUUAAACCAGAAGAUCCAGGUUCAUGAAUAUGAGAGUGCACUGGUAUGCAGUAUGGCCGUGCUCGGACGGGGGAUCAAGACGUGGCUGGAUCCGGAUAGCUACCCCCCGAUCAUUUCACGGGUGUUGAAGGUGGCGCGGUUCAUGGUCGUGCAGAAGGCAUUAUGGCUGGAUCCCCAGCCCAUGGCGAUUAUCGAGAUGUGGGCGGGGCAGGCCGAACAGGGCUCCUGGACCGGGGAUGCCGCGGACGAUGAUUUGGGAUUGAUCAUGGAGGAUGAAGGGUUCGCGGAGGGUACAGGUGGGGGCCCGAUCCCGUCAUCCCCACCGUCGUCCAUCCACAGCCAAGAUGCUGCCCCCAUCAGCCGGAUGUCCCGCCAGGGCCGCAUGCCGUUCCAGACCGGGGUUGAUAUCAUGGUGGGUAAGUUCAUGGUCCGGGGCCAACACGGGCCGGUGGAGGUGUUGUUAGACUGGCGGACAUACGGGCUCAAGGUCCAUUACAACACCACGGCCCCCGGCCAUGUGACCUGGAUGGGCACGGAGCGGUUGCUGUACAAGAACCUGGAUUUUACCAUGGGCCAGUUCCGCGGGAUGGUGCACGGGCUGGUCCAGGCCGCGCGGGGAUUACUGGGAGGGCUGCUGUGUGAGCCCGAACCCCGCCAGUGGCCGGCGAUCCCAUGGGACGGGUUAUUUGAUAAUCCCACCGAAGCCACGCCGGGUUGGAGUUUUUUAUCGGACCAGCGGACGCAGUGGCCCGUUCCGGGGCGCCAUUGGUUAAUCGACCGGAUUGCGCAGGAACCCGCGGUGGCCCGGGCAUUCGUCACCCAGGGGGGGCUCAGCGCCAGCAAGGCCACCAAGUACUUCCAGCAGGUGGCCCGGUUUAAGGAGAAGCUGGCGGUGGCCGUGUAUUUGACCAGCGGUGCCCCCGCGCGGGCCCCCGAGCUGCUGAGUAUCCAGCAUGUCAACACCGACACCAACAUGCGCCGCAAUAUAUAUAUUGAAGAUGGGAUGGUGGUGUUCGUGUCCGCAUACCACAAGGGGUUUUAUAGCAGUAAUGACGUGAAGAUCAUCCAUCGAUAUUUACCCCGGGCCGUGGGUGAAUUAGUGGUUUGGUAUUUAUGGCUGGUGUUGCCAUUCCUGCGGCAGCUGGCCGUGAGCUGGGGGCGGACGGUGGAACCCGGGACUGAAUCCCAACCCCACCACCGCAGUCCAUAUUUAUGGGGACCGGACGUGGGCAGCGGACGGACGUGGACGAGCGAGCGGUUCCGGGAGGCAUUGAAGCAGGCCAGCCAGACCGGGCUGGGGUUAGGGUUCGGGUUCAACGUGGCGAAUUACCGGGACAUCGCGGUGGGCAUCAGCCGGCGGUUUUUGCGGGGAUCCAGCGCGUUCCCGGACAACAUCCAAACCGAGCGGCAGCAGGAGCUGACAGCCAUUGCCGCCGAUACCGACCCCGAUGACGGGAUCGGGGAUAUUGCAGACGAGCAGGCCGGGCAUAGCACCCACGUGGCCGGGAUGGUAUAUGGGCGGGAAAGCAUGGAAUUCGCCGGGAGCACGACGGUGCGGCGGUUGAAGUUCCGGGCAUCCAGCAUGGAUUGGCAUCAGUUUUUAGGGUUUACCGCGGAAACCCCCACGGUGCUGGGGAAACGGGUCAACCCAUGGGAGGCGCAGGCCGCGGAUCACCAGGCCCGGCGGCGGACGCAGCUGCAGGCCACGGACAUGGAGGCCGCACUGCAGCGGAUGACCGGACAGGGGGAGAUACAGUUCCGGGGCGUGCAGCAACCGGCCAUCCAGGCCAUCCAGGAUGGGGCCAGCCCGGUGGUGGCGGUGAUGCCCACCGGGGGCGGGAAAAGCAUGUUAUUCAUGUUGCCCGCGUUCGUGGCCCCGGGGGGGUGUACCAUCGUGGUGGUCCCGUUAGUUUCACUGCGGGCGGAUUUGAUGCAGCGGUGCCAGCAGCUCGGGAUCCGGUGUGUAUCAUGGGAGAGCCGACGACCCCCGGAUGAAGCUGCCAUUGUGUUGGUGACGCCCGAAUCCAGCGAGGACCCGGAUUUCCACACGUUUUUGAACCGGCAGCGGUGGAUGCGGCGGUUGGACCGGAUCGUGGUGGACGAGUGCCAUAUUAUAUUGAAUUCGCAGAAGGAUUUCCGGCCGGCCAUGGCCCGAUUAGGGCGGUUGGUCAGUGCGCGCACGCAGAUGGUAUUUUUAACGGCCACACUGCCCCCCAGUAUGGAACGAAUAUUUGUCCAGCGGAUCCAGCAUCCCGCCAGCGCGGUGGGUAUGUACCGGGCCCGGACCAGCCGGGGGAACGUGGCAUACCGGGUAUGGCGGCCCAUUUUACCGCGCCAGACCCCGCGGGAACCCCAUCAGUGGUUGGUGACGCCCGGGGUGGUGCAGUACAUCCAGGGUCGGAUCCAGCAAGCGCGGGGGGGCCGGGUGAUCGUGUACGGGCAGACCAAGAGCCAGGUGCAGGCCAUCAGCCGGGAAUUCGGGUGUGAGGCAUACCACAGUGAGGCAGUGGACCGGGCUGGGGUGAUGCAGCGGUUCCAGGACGGGCUGCACCGGGUGAUUGCGGCCACCAGUGCGUUAGGGAUGGGUAUUGAUAUUCCCGAUAUCCGGUGCGUGAUCCAUAUUGGGCGGCCGCGGACGUUGCUGGAGUACGGGCAGGAAAGUGGACGGGCUGGACGGGAUGGCCAGGGCAGCGAGGCCGUGAUUAUCCAUCCCGAUGGGUGGGAGACGCCCGAUCCAUGGAUCCAUGGCGUGGCGGACGCGGAUUUCCAGCUGGUGCAGGCGUACAUGGGCCAUGGAUGUCGACGAUAUAUAUUGGAUGGGUACCUGGAUGGGACGGUGGAUGGAUACACGCGGGAGCGGUGCCGGGAUCAGGGUCCGGAUGAAUUGGCAUGUGACGGGUGUGAUCCCGAUUGGGAGGUGCAGGAGGAGCCCGUUAGUAUGGCCAGCAGUCCGCCAGGGUCAGGGUCAGGGUCAGGGUUCAGCCGUUUCGGGAGGGCACCAGAGUCAGGGUUCGAAGGUUCCGGGCAGGGAGAUCCAGAGUUAGGGUUACCCAAUGAUGCGGUUCGCAGUUCUGGAGCCCAGAUUCAUACUGGAUUAGGGUUUAUCCCGCAUUAUGCAUCAUCCAGUUCCGAUACAGGGGAGAACCCGGAUCACCCGCGGGCCAUGUCCAUUGACAGCGGCGAGUCCAUUACAUCCCAGGUGCCCCGAGCCCGGGUUAUUCCCGCCAGCGCCGGGUAUACCCCCCAAGAGCGGCAGUAUGAGCAGGCGGCCGUCCAACAGCAGGCGCAGGCCAUGCAGGCUGGGAUUGAUGAGGAAUUCAUUGAGCAGGAGGCCCGGCAAUGGCUGGACCAGUGUUAUAUUUGCACGGUUCGGGGGCGGGAUGGGGACCAUCAAUUAGAGCAAUGCACGCAUGCAGAGAGCCAUGCAGCGCAGGAAUGGUUGGGGCAGGUGCAGCGGCGGGUGGAUUAUGUGCCGUUUCGGUGUUGUUAUCAAUGCGGGAUGCCGCAGGCGAUAUGCCAUGGGUGGCAGCAUGGGGAGGCAUGUACAUGGCGCGGGGCGUUGCUCCCGAUGAUUGCCGGGAUGGUGUACGGGCCAUUCCGCCGUAUGGUCCAGCCCGCAUGGGAGCAGUGGUUACAGCCGCGGCAGUUGGAGGGCCGGGUGAUAUACGCCGGGAAGAUAUUCCAGCAGGAGAUUGUGGCCGGGCCCGUUCCGGCCGGGGAUUAUCGAUCGGUGGCGGCAUUUUUUGGGCAGGGUACUGUUGAUAGACAGGGAGUUGAGGUCCAGGCAGUAUUUUGUUGGUUACGACGGGUAUGUCAUGAUAUCGAAGCCGGGUUAAUAUGA